GCUACAUGUCUAAGUAACAUCUACACGAAUGAUGAUCAGUGUUAUUCACUUCUCCCGUCAGAGGUCAUAAUGUUAUGCCUGAUCGGUUUAUAUUUAUUUGUGGGAUCUUGUUUUUCUAUCAUAACUGAAAUGAGUGAAGUAGGGUUGUGUCACCUUGUACACUAAAAAGCUUUUGACACUAGAAAGAGUUCUGAGGAACAGACUUGUCAGUGAAUGUAUUUCAGUUUCAGUGAAUUUUCAUAUAUGUAUUUUUUUUCCUAUGCUUCAGACAUUUAAUAAAUCAGGUUUAUCUCUACCUCCUGAGAAAUGUCUCAGCUUCUGUUUCAUGGACUAUACCACCCCAGUAACAAACUGUCUUUUUUCGGUCUGCUACCAGUAAGACACAACACAUCUCAGACAGAAUCCAAUAUCUUUAUUUAACUAAAACAACCACAGACUGUCAUCAGAAUAAAUCCAGGUUCUUUUAGUUCUGAUUACUGGUUACGUUUGCUGACACAGAGCUUCUCUUGUUCCUCAGACUGAUGGGACUUUUCUGGUAUUCCUUCAUUCGGUCCUUUUGCAAGGUGGACAGUUCUCUUUCUCUCUAUCAGUGCUGACUCCACAGGUGCUAGUUUUCCCACUGAUGGACACGUUAAUCAUUUCUGAUCCACCCAAGCUGCCACACAGACUCUAUCUUCACAUUUCAUUUAGAGAGACCCUUUUUCUACUUUCUUUACAUCAUGUACAGGUUUCCCUGCUUGUUUUUUGCUUUUGUGUUUUGGGGCUCAGUUCAUGGUGGACCCCAGACAAAGCCCCACCCUGACGUAACAGACCAGGAGCUGUUCUGGGGCGCCGACCAGUACGACUUCGCCGUGGUUCUUACUUCUUCUGCAAUGGAAUGUUUCUGGCACUUCGCUCACCGUGGAGAGACAUUUUACCUGAACUUCAUGGUCCAGUGGGUGACCGGAGUGGGCCAAGACAGACACCUGAGUGUCACCAUCAACGCUCCCAGUGGUCUGCUGCUGUCCAGUGUCGAUGAUGUGAAGGGACAGAUCAACUUUGAGGCCACGGAAACAGGCUUCUAUCAGAUGUGUUUCAACAACUUCCACAACCGCUUCAGCAACAUGCAGGUCUUCCUCAGCUUUGGGGUCUACUAUGACGAUAACCGGGACCCGUCUAAGAGCAAGGAGGAGGAGGAGAAGAAGAAGAAGGAGGAAGUCAGCAAAGAACUGAACAACACACUGAGCAUCAUAGAGGACUCUACCCUUACAGUGGAGAAAUACGUCUUCCACAUGUUCCGCUACUACAGCUUCAGCCGGAUGAGCAAGAGCGCCGACUUCUACCUCCUGGCAUCCAACUCACAGUACAUCACCUGGUGGUCGACAGCCCUCAGCCUCCUCAUUGUCACCUCUGGGUACCUGCAGCUCCGCUUCCUCAAAAGCCUUUUUGUCAGCAAGACCUGCACCGAGGAUGAGAAGCCCCGAUGCUGAUGGGACUCUUAGAAACAGGCCAGAAUCAAAGCUGAAACCAACAGAAAAACAGUUUACACAUCCAGAUCUUUACUAUCCUUUCCAAAAUUUUAUUCAACAACACACAGCUCCUCAACCACAUCACCAGCUAUCAUAUUAACACGAAGAUACACGUAGUCAGUACACAUUUACAAAGAAUAUGUACUGUUCCUUUGCUCAACACCUCAAACAAAUCAGAAUACAGUGUGUUGUAAGUUAAUUAAACCAUGUAAUUAAUCGAAAAUAUUCCAAUUAUAACAUAUUGUUGUCAUUGUACUUUUAUUGUUUUUUAUAUACACUAUAUGCUAAUUUAGAGUGAACUGUACAAUGGAGGAGAGGCCGAGUCUUCCAGAAGAAAGUUCACAAUGUGUGUAUUUCAUUAGUUAUGGUACGUCACAAGAUUGAAAUAUGAGACGAGAACCCGCAGACAUGUCUAGGAGCACGGGUCAGGCAGAAAACCGAGACAGAAUGGUUGUAGUCUUCAUGCUACUGCAAUAAAAACAAACAUGAUUCUAAAAAACAUUGCCCACGAACACAUUUGUCAUUACAUCGUUGGAGCAAUGUGUUUUUUUGUUUUUUUU